AUGGGCAAUAAGAGGCAGCAUAACAUGGUCUCCCUGGAUAACCUACCGCCCGAGAUUCUACUUCCAGUAAUUACCAGCCUUCCGGAUCUUAAUUCACUUUGGAAACUACUACAAGCUUCUCCACAUGUAUGGCAUCUCUUUGAGGAUGGAUCGACGUCUCUUGUCAUCACGGAAGGCAUACUGUCAGGACCACAUUCCACCAUCCCACCAAAGAUCAGACAGCUUAUACGAGGCGUGAUACUUGUUCGCUCAGGCACACUUCCUUUCGAGAACCUAGAUGAAUUUGGGUCUCAAUUCAUGAAGGCUAUGAUUCCAUGCCUUGUUCCGGAUGAAGCAACAGUCAAGACUCUGGGCCCAGAGUCACUGUCUCACAGGUCUAGUUCGGCAGUACUUAGGUCCGUUGUUGCAACGUCUUAUCAUCUGUCAGCUCUAUCACAGUCAUACCUGGCGUCUUGCUUGGAAAGGCUGCGAGAUCCAAGUUUCCGGCCAUUACAUGCCUAUAACCCGUCGCCAUAUUACACCCAUGAUUAUAAAGAUGCUGAAGGGUAUGUCCCUGCCUGGGAUCGCCAAUUCGUUGGCACACCCGUCCAUGUUGUUGACAUGGGACAGCCAACAUGGGUAGAGGAGAUGCGUGCGGUGCGAGUAAUGUGGAUCAUGCAGCUCGUAGGCGAGAUGCAGCUUCUUCUUGACAGCAAGACCAGCAUUGGAUGGUCCAAAGACGAUGUAUCCCGUCUGCUUGAGAUGGGCCCUGUCGAUCUAUUCCAUCAACCGGAUAGUCCAAUCUCCGAUACAGAGCCAAUCAAAUCGGCGAUGGAUUAUCUUGCAACACUUAGAAGCCCGGCUAAAGAUCGUUUUUAUCGACUUCCUGCAGCGCCUGCGCCGUCACUCAACAAUCGAUGGACAACGGCACUCCCGAAUCACAACGAAGUGUUUAUGCAAGUCAAAGCCUACCGCCUAAAUGGUAAAUUCCACUGGUUAAGAAAAGGGUCCCAAGUGCCAGAGGGAGCAACUCCAGUGGAAACACCAACAGUUACCGAUGAGAAGCUGUGGGAACAGACAGCAAAGGCUUUCGACUUUCGGCCGUACGGUGUCAAUUUCUGGCAACGACUAAAGGAUGAUGGCCAUUCUGGCGAGUCGCCUUUACCUGAUGUUAGCUUCAAGUCUUUCCGUCCGCUAGGUCUUGCUUUUUGGGACAGGAAGAGAUUAUGGCUUUUGGGCUUAGCCUCUGGUGUAAAUAGUAACAAGUAUCACUUGGAGGGGUUCUACUUCUUUGUAUGGGAGAGUAUUUUACCGCCUGAGGAGGUUACCGCUAUUAAGGCUAGGGCUCGGGUAACUUUUAAACCUUGGGAAGUAAGAUUGCAUUAA